AUCAUAAGUAAUUGUAGAACUGCAAAGUAUCACAUGACCCGCCGCAUUAACUGGAUCUAUUUAGUGUUAUAAUCAUAAGACAAAUAUGAUGCAUAGAAAAACUGAAACAGAAAAUACAGCAUGCAGAUUACAAUAUGGAGGAUGAUGAGUUUAACUUCCACAGACUUGCAAAGAGUGAGAAAAAAGUUGCACAACCGGCCCUUCAGGACUUGUUUGAAACCCUUUGGAAUGCAAAAUACCCUGAAUCUCUAUGGGCAAAAAAUGCAGAAAGUGUAGAACUGUUCGAAGAAAAAGACGAUGAGCACUUUCAAAAAAGCUUGCAAGGAUUGUCUAACAGGGAAAAAGGAAGGAAAACUGACAAGAGAAAUCGACUCCAAAACACUUUCAAAGAUGAUAAAUGGAAAAACUAUGAAUGGGACACAGGCAAAUAUGUCUAUGCUUUGGUAGACUGUAAACUCUUCACAUUAGAUCAAACUGAUGAGACGGGCAUGCAAGUUAGUGAGCACAUUGUGAAGAUAAAAGACAUUCGUAAUGAAAUUGCUCAUUCCACAACAGACGCUUGUGACACUAACUAUUUUGAAAAGACUUUAAAGUCACUGGAGGAACACAUAAAAGCACUAGAAAUAGUAAAACUGAAUGCAACCCCUCACCGUGAGGAGUUACAGAGAAUAAAGUCAGAGGAAAAACCUGUUUCAGCCAAGGAGCAUUAUCAGUUGAAAGUAGACUCAGAAAUACUUAAAAACUCACAAAAAAUAUAUGAAGAGCGGGAAAAACAUUUUAAAGAAAUCAAUAAAGAGAGGGAAAAACAUGCAGGGGAACUCAAAAAAGAGAGACAAAAACAUUGUGGAGAAAUUAAGGAAAAGAGCCAAAAACAUAAAGAAGAAAUUAAGGAAGAAAAAGAAAAACAUGUGGAAGAAAUGAAAGAAAUGAGCAAAAAACACACAGAAGAAAUUAAUAAGACAUUGGAAGAUAAAAAUAGAUUACAGGAACAAGUAAAUGAAAUGUCUGCAGAACUUAACAGACUAAAGGCAGAAAAUAGCAGACUACGUGCAAAAGAUAAUAACCCUAAAACAAAAAACCACUCCCCAAAAAAAGAUUCAUGGCUUGAUGACAUUAGACGUUUAAUAGACAGGUUAUUAAUAUUGUUGAAAACACAUGGUCUUCCAACAAAAUGAGCAAUGUUAUAUAACUGGAACAGAAAGAAAACAACAGCUGUACAUAAGCAGUGCUAGCCCUGGCCAUUAUAAAUUAAUAGCCACUUUUUUUUCAGGGAAAAAAUUAAUAGACAAACCUGGCACGCACGGAAUAACGCGCGCUUUCGCAUUUCAAUAAAAAAAACAUAAAACGGGGUAUUUAUAACUACUUAAUCUUUUUUUUAUUCAUGAAACACUUAAACACACUUUAUUUUUCAAUUAUUAUUAUUCAUGUUUAUCAUAGGCUUUGAAUAAUCAUACAUUUAUGCAUAUCUUCAGUUGUUUGUCAAGAAUGAUCAUUACUUUUUGUGACGAAAGUUGGAAGAAAUUUUGAGUCAAAAGCAACAGUUAUUACCCGAGUAACAUACACUAAAUCAUUAUAAAUAAUUAAAAUAGAGCUGACAUAAAACUUUUUGACUCGUACAAGCGAGCUCUUUCUGCUUUGACUGUUGACUUCAAUUUUUGUUGGCAGACGAAGUUGUAACAACGAAUUUGUCCAAACUUCGUGAUAAUUGUUUACGUUUCCAGUUUCUAUAUGCCGAGUUACCAUAUGCAAAAAUCCACAAGCCGCGACAGGGAACCAAUCAGAAUGCAGAAAAAGAGAUUUAAAGCUUAAUUUAGACGCAGUAUGGUUUCCCAAAAUUGCAGAAAUCGAGAGGCCCUCGACGGGUGAAACAUCCGUAUCGUACGUCAAAUUUGUUUAUAAACUCCACAAACUUGAAGCGAUGUUCAGCGUUUCUAAAUUAUUCUUUCUUUUUUCAUUUCAAACCAGAAAAUUUGUGCUUGUCCGUGGACAAAUGGAAUGCAAAAACGCACUUGUCCGCCGUCAAAAACUCUCAAGUCGGACAUUGGAAUUCCACACCUGAAGGAAUUAUGUUUUAAGGACAAGGAAAGCCUGAAAAUAAUAUGAAAGCCAUCCUCAAGCGUUUCAUAAUGCUGAAAGAAUUAUCAAAAUUGGACCAUUAUUGAAAUAGAUAUGGCAGUUUGAAAUUUAAGAAAAUUGUUGGUUAUGGGAGCAGCCAUUUUGUGUGUUUAUGACGUCAUUUACACACUGCUGAAUUCUUUAUUUAGCAAAUAACUUUUUUAAAUAGAUUAAUCUUAUAUGUUUCUUGUGUGUAAUAUGUAAAACAUGGUAAUUUCUUUCAUUAUAGCUAGAAAAAAAUAGAGAAAUUAUUUUUACAGAAAUAAGUAAACACAGUUUAAAUAUGUGUCACGAAAUUUAAUUAAUCCGCCAUAUUGAUUUUUGUUUCCAUGGAAACAAAAUGGCCGCCAUUUAUUAUCAAAUAUUUAAAUGCUCAUAACUUUCUCAUUUUUAAGUCGAUUUUGAAAGUUCUUUCACUUCGUUAAAUAAUUAAAGACAUUCUAGCAGAUGGAAUUAACAUCAAAACAACAUUGCCUUUCCCUUUAAUUAAUUUGUUUGUUUGGUAAUUAAUGGCGAUUAAAUGAUCAAGGAUAAAGUGAUGAUAAGUGCUGCUUUAAACUUCUAUACGAUCAAUAGUGCACACCUGUGGAUCAAAUAGUGAAGUAUACCACGUACGCGUGUUGGCGAUAAACAAAUCAAUUAAGCAUGUCAAGGUCACCGUUUAGAGGGAAUAAUUACACCUCUGGGCAAAUACACUUCCUGCUACCGAUUUCGCACGUUUUUGUCAAUAAAACUACCUAUGUUCCAGCAGUUUAAGGACAAUUUUUUGCAAUAUUUUUUUUGUAACAUUUUUAUAAAUUAAUCGCCAUUUUCUAUCACCAAAAUUUUUUAAUCGCCAUUUGGCGAUAAUGUCGAUUGGCAGCACGAGCACUGCAUAAGAAAGCACACUUGACUACUCAACAAUUUGUUAGUCAAACAGAGGCCAUAACUUUCUUUUCUUAUAGUCAGGCAAAACGAUCAUAACUGUGUUAAUUCAUCACAAUUUUUUAUCGCAAAUUAAAACUUUAUUACGGCAAUAGCAACAGCUUGCAUGGAAAACUUUAACCAAAUUUUCCAGUGUAAGUUUCAAACAACUGGACCUAGGUUUGAAAAGUUAACGAUAUGUUUAUUAUCGGAGUCACUUGAUUUAGGGAAAUUUAUUAACACUGUACCAUGUAUUGUUUAUACAAUCCUCUGCAGAGCCUGGAAAACUACUCUGCUGACCUUUCAUGUCAUUCACAAGGUCACUUCUUAACAUUAAGAAGACAAUGUGUCUUACCUUCACCAAACAAUCCUACACAUUACAUGUAUCCAAAUAUUUUUAAGGAAUGAUAGUAUAGUGGUUAAGGUGUCAGCUGCUCAACCCAGGGGUCUUGGGUUCAAGCCCCAUUGCAGUCACGCCCAUGACUUCUCAUAUGUCACCAGUACUGGCUUUUCCAUGAAGCCGACUCAAGAGUGGUUCAAAUAAGCUUUAAGCUUUCAUCACUGUCGAGCUAAAAUAAAUAAGUAUAAACUAAAUAUUUUUGUUUCAAGUUUUUCUUACCAGCUGAUCAAUAUUUGUCCGUGACAGUAUAAAAGCCUUCAUGUUUGGGUUUCUGUGAAUAAGAAGAUAGAGUAACAAUGUUGUUUGAUCGUCUCUCAAUGUGGUACACAAUGUUUUAUAAAGUUCUGUAAAAUCCAUUUUAAAUGUCAGCUGUGCUACUGGCGUAGGCCCUGAAGACUGGUCUGAAAUAAAGGCAAGACAUGAAAUUUGUUAUCAGAAAAUCUUUAUUAAUAUUCAUCUACACUACCGACUGUAAGUGUUCUGUAUAUUAAUUCAUGUAUUUAGUUUUAAUUAUUGCAACUUUUUGUACUGUUUUGAAAUUGGGACAGUUCUGAAAUUCUUUAACCUUUAGCCUGCUAAAUAUCUAAAAUGGACUGGUCCAUCAUUCAUUUUGGGCAAUACCAUUUAUCAUUCGAAGUGGUGUUCACUGAAAAUUUACUGACUGAAUAGCAAACAGUGCAGACCAUGGUCUGCACUAGUCACAAAGGCAGAAUGACCUGCUGACAGCAGGCUAAAGGUUAAAUACUUUGAAAAAAUAGGCAUUGUUCAGCAUGAAAUAACAGGAUGGAUGUUAUAGUAUUGUUUGUAUGUUUUGCAAAACUGUAUAGAAAGUGUCAUAUUGAUUUGCAUAAUUAUAGUUUGAACAAAUAUAUCUCAAUUUGCAUAUCAUGUUCCGUUUUAUGAAAAGUCAACUGGAUUUGCAUAUUCUAUUUACUUUAAAUGAUGCUAAUUUGCAUAUUGUUAAGUCAUUUCAUUUCAAGGGCAAGAAAUAUUGUGAUGUAAAUAAAGAAAAUAGAUAUUUCUGUAUGGAUUUUGAUUUUAAGUAUAAAUUAAUAAGGAAUAAUAUUUAUUUUUUGGAAUUUAAUUUUUUGCAAGGAAGCAAUAUGGAAAUCCAUAAAAAAAUAGUUCCCUCAUAAAUAUUGUAAUUUCAUAGUAUGUUCUGUAAAAUAUCGUAUUGGCAUCAUCCUUUGUACUUAGAAUUUUGUUUAAAUUCUGACUAUUUUCUUUUGAAAUAUUUUGAUUAGACUGUCAUGUAUUUAAAAUAUUGGUUUUGCUUUGCAAGUGUGUGCUUAUUUGCAUAUUUCUUGUGCUGAUCAUAUGUUGGCAUGUGCUGAAAAUGCCACAUAGAUUUGCAUAUAUUUUUUCCCUGUUAUAUCAUGUUUUGUAUUGAACAUAUCAUUCUGUUUUGGACGUUUUGUAUUUAUAGGUUAUUAGGUUUGUAUCUGGAAAUAUGCACAAGUUCUGCAUCGGAAAUACUGCACGACUUUAGGAGCGCAAUAUCCUUCCGCUGAAGAACGAGUGUAUAUUUCCCGAUGCUAAGAUAAUAACCUUUUUAUUACAUACAUAUCUACACGUAUAAGUGUAAUGUAAAUAUUAUGAAUUUGUUAACUGGCCUGAAUAAGACUGACAAUACUGAAUUAAACAAAAGAAUUAAUGCAACAACACACAUUAAAUUAUUCACACAUCCGAUAUGAAGUUCAGGCGUCAGUAUCUGGAAAAAUAUUGACAUUUCCGCUACCAUUAUAACUUAAUGGGAAAUGGAAACGAGAAUGUAAUAAGCAAUAGUCCUAGACAGAUUUUGAUAAUUAAGCUUUGUUCUGAAAAUAUAAUGUUGAUUUGCAUACAUUUUUACUGAGAGCAUUGUGUUGAUUUGCAUAAUGCUUGUAAAAGAAAAUAUCAUGCUGACCAUAUCUAAGAAACAAAUUGCAGUUUAAAAGUACAUGCUUGGGUCUGAAAUAUAUGGCUAACCUAAUGGAAACAUAUUGUCAGAUUUAAGAUGCAUGUAAAUCAUAGUUUUGAAAUAUAUAGAUUUUGCAUAAUUGCUGCAACUAGAAAUGUGUCCAUGGGACACAGAUGCCCCCACUACAUGACAUUAAAAUGACAAUUUUUUCCCAGGUCAGGGACCAAAAACUCUAGGUCAAAUACUUUUGGAGCUACGCACAACACAACAUUAAAAUGACCCAUUUUUAACUAAGUCAGUGGAUAUAACUCCUACAUGACUGAAUGAAUCCGGACGCGAAACCCCAGGUGCACAACUGCAUAUGCUGACCAACAUUCCUGUAAACUUUGAUGAUUCUAGGUCAAAUACUUUUGGAGCUUUGCGCGACACAACAUUAAAAUAACCAAUUUCUUACUAAGUCAGGGGCCAUAACUCUUACAUUACUGGAUGAAUCCGGACGCGAAACCCCAGGUGCACAACUGCACAUGCUGACCAACAUUCCUGUAAACUUUGGUGACUCUAGGUCAAAUACUUUUGGAGCUAUGCGCGACACAACAUUAAAAUGACCAAUUUUUUACUAAGUCAGGUGCCAUAACUCCUACAUGACUGGAUGAAUCCGGACCCGAAACCCCAGGUGCACAACUACACAUGCUGACCAACAUUCCUGUAAAGUUUUGUGACUCUAUGUCAUAUACUUUUGGAGCUAGGCGCGACACAACAUUAAAACGACCAAUUUUUACAAAGUCAGGGGCCAUAACUUCUACAUGACUGAAUGAAUCCGGACGCGAAACCCCAGGUGCACAACUACACAUGCUGACCAACAUUCCUGUAAAGUUUUGUGACUCUAGGUCAUAUACUUUUGGAGCUAGGCGCGACACAACAUUAAAAUGACCAAUUUUUACAAAGUCAGGGGCCAUAACUUCUACAUGACUGAAUGAAUCCGGACACGAAACCCCAGGUGCACAACUACACAUGCUGACCAACAUUCCUGUAAAGUUUUGUGACUCUACGUCAAAUACUUUCAGAGCUACGCACGACACAACAUUUUCGGAAGGACGGACGGACGGAAGGACGGACGGACAAGAGCAAAUCUGUAUGCCCCCCCCCCAAAGUGGGGGCAUAACAAAUGGUGCAAAAGAUGUUAUAAAGAUUGUUCUGGUGAAUAAAUUAUAGAUGUAAGGGGUAAUAGAUAAAAGUUGAUUGGAAAUGGGUGAGUUAUGCCAUAUAUUUGGGGAAGAACUGGGGACAGGGGAACAAACAAAACAACUCACUUUCACUCUUUGGGUCUAUGUAAUCAGAAAUUUAGUACAGUAACUUUUGAAUAUUACAUUUUAUAAUGCUAACUUAGGUAACCAUUGCCAAAAUUACUUAUAAAGAUUCAAGUUAACCAGUAUGAAAUAACAACUUCUAAAAUCACUAUCAUUUCUUUGCUUUGUCUGUUUUUAUUGAGUUUCAUGUCUCAAUGACACAAUUACAGGUCAUAUGGCAACUUUCCAGCUUUGAUGGUGGAGGAAGACCCCAAGUGCCCCUAUGGUCAUUAUUUCAUCACAGACAGGCAUUUGGGCAGAACCACCAACCUUACAAUAAGCCAGCUGGAUGGCUUCCUCACAUGAAGAAUUCAACGCCCCCAGUAUUAAGGCUCCUACCUACAUUGGUGAGGGGCAAGUGAUUCGAAGUCAGCAACCUUUACCACUCAGCCGCAGAUUCCCCUACUAUCACAUCCUCACACAUUUCUAUUAUAUCUGAUAUUGUACAUAGUUUAAAUUUGUCACCUCAGCACAAAAUCUGGAUAAAUGCAUUGAAAUGAACAAGAAUUCAUGAAGAUUUGGGGCUGCAAGACAAUAUUAUUUCAUUUUUAUGUUAGUUUUUGUGAACAUGAUUUUCACAUAAAUUUUGAAAUAUUUUUAUCAAAUGCUUAUUAUUAUGUACAGGAAUUUAGUACAGGUAUGCACAUUUUGAAAUCUUUGCCUCUCCUAUGUCAAAUAUUGAUCUUGUGUGAGUUUGUAAGAAUUUUGUUUAAUAAAGUCUAGAGAUAAUCAUAACUAAUGAACAUUUUGAAAUCUUUGCCUCUCCUAUGUCAAAUUAUGUUUGAUUAAUUAUGUCUAGUGGACAUUAUAACUAACCUUGUGAGUUUGUAAACUGGAACAAAGCCUGUCUGUAGGAUUAUUCAAAGCUCUGUCACUCGUACAGUGAUUGGCUAACACCAGCAGAAAUAGCAGGCUCUGAUUGGCUAAUAAAGUCUCGUGAAAUUCUU